AGAACAUGCGAGAGGUUAUGAAAAAGUCUCGAAAGAAGUAAACGCUGAAACAGCAAGCGUAGCUAGCCAACUGUACAAACUGGUAUAUUUCUGGGAAUUGACUUGAACGAGAGAUGUUUCCCCUCUUGAUAGUGUUCAAAGGGUUUGCCUUAGGUCUGGCGUUAUAUCUGUUGCGCUGGUGGAGAGCUUCUCAAUGGGCCAUUUUUACCAAAACAGCUGACUGCUCCAAGAAGGUUUUUGUUGUAACAGGCGCAACAUCAGGGAUAGGCCGUGCUACCGCCGAAGAGCUGGCGGCACGUGGGGGCACAAUAGUUAUGGCGUGCAGGAAUCUUGAUCAGGCAAAGAAAGUUGCUGAUUAUCUAAUGCGAACAUAUAAGAGGUCUCGCAUUCUUGCGAUAAAGCUGGAUUUGUCUGAUUUCGAUUCAAUCGACGCAUUCUGUCGCACCUGUAAGGCAAACCUUCCGCGUAUAGAAGUCCUCGUUCUUAACGCAGGAGUGGCAUUUUGCCCAUACCAAAAGACUCGUCAGGGAUUGGAGCUUCAAAUGGGAGUAAAUCAUUUUGGGCACGCAAGACUCACUAUUGGUUUGAUGUCGCUGUUGAAGAGAAGCCCGGAACCUCGCGUGAUUCAGGUGUCAUCUAGUCUUUACAAAAAGUCUAAUCUCCCAGAUCGACUUGCGGCACUUCCGGAUGAGGCCCGUGUAGAGGACCUUUGUUAUCAGGAAGACAACUACGAUAAAAGCCGGGCGUACGCAGAUUCGAAAUUGGCCGGCAUGCUUUUCAUGCAUCAGAUGAGUCGGCGAUAUCCAGCUAUUCGUUGGUAUUCAGUUUCGCCGGGCAUCGUUAACUCGAAAUUGGGCAGGCAUCGACCAGCAAUGUUCUACAUGAUGUGCCUUCCGCUUUAUAUUCCGUUUGCCCUUUUGGCCGUUCGAACGCCGAAGCAAGGAUGUCAAACGGUCUUGUUUGCUGCUCUUGAUGAUAAAAUUGAUACCCAAUAUGGUUACUACAGGGAUUGUCGUUUAGAAAACGUGUCGAGUCUAUUAAUGAACUCUAACCUGAGCGAGAGGCUCUUUCAAGCAACGCAGGAGAUCUUUAAUCACUGUGAUGACAUUGCCGAAUGAAGAAAGCGGACGCGCACUAUAGAUUACAUAGUGUGGUUUCUGACUAUAGAAUACAAAGAUCAAAACGGGUGGUAAUUGUGCCCUCUUUUGCCUGAAAAAUAUAGCUCAAGUUUUAGUAGUAAUUUACAAUAAACGCCGCAUCUACAAGUAGAAAUAGGGUUGUGUUUCUAAGAUAGGCCAGCAUUUAGCAUAGUUUGCCUUCGUUUGAGCCUUUUGACAAGUCCUCUAAAUUUAGCGAGUUAAGCCAAUAAUAAAAACACGUUCUAAAUUGUA